CCCUGGUUUUCAGUUUCACUUCUCCAAACCACUUUCUCUCUCCUCUUUCUCUCUCUCUCCUCAUAUUUAUAUUUGUCUUUCUCUCUGUCUUUUUCAUCUCAUUCUUCAGAUUCCUCUUCCAUUUCCACUUCCUCUGUUUUCCCCUGUUUUCCUCUGUUUUCUGUUUCAUUCAACUUUUUCCCCGUUUUCUUCCGCACCCAUUUUCCAAAACUCCAUUCACAACACUCUUGCUUCAUUUUGAAUCCAUUCAUCUACUAAAGUUCUAUUCUUUUUCAGUUUUUCUCAUCUGGGUCUUUUUCUUGCUCUGUUUCAAUGGGGAUUGAGAGAAACUUGAAGGAUGGAAAAGGGGGAGAGUUAUGUGAAGUUUUUGAUCAGACAAAUACCAACGACAUGAAAUCUAGAAGGAACCGGCGACAUCGUCAGUGGAUGAAGAUGUCGCCGGUUCAGAAACUUUUUCUUGCUUGCCAACAUGUUUUUGCUAAUGCUUCACCUGGAAUUGUUCCUUCUUCUCAACAUAUUGAAUUGCUUAGUUCUAUUUUAGCUGGAAUAAAACCAGAAGACCUUGGAUUGAAGCCUGAUAUGCCGUAUUUCACCAAUAACAAUGGUGGAACGCCAAAAAUUACCUACCUUCACAUUUUCGAGUGUGACAAAUUCUCGAUGGGAAUAUUUUGCUUGCCACCUUCCGCAGUAAUUCCUCUUCACAAUCACCCUGAAAUGACGGUUUUUAGUAAGCUUCUAUUCGGAACAAUGCACAUCAAAUCUUAUGAUUGGGCUGUUAACUUGCAUGCUCAUGUCUCACAAACCGAGACACCUGAGAAAAGAUUGGCGAAAGUGAAGGUUGAUGCUGAUUUCACUGCUCCUUGCAAUCCUUCCAUCCUUUAUCCUAAUGAUGGUGGCAACAUGCAUUGCUUCACUGCAGUCACAGCUUGUGCAGUUCUAGAUGUUCUUGGUCCUCCCUACUCUGAUCCUGAUGGCAGACACUGCUCAUACUAUCAAACUUUUCCUUUCUCCAACUUUCCAGAUGGAAUAUCCAUAGCAGAAGAAGAAAAGAAAGAGUAUGAAUGGCUUGAAGAAAGAGAGAAACCAGAGAGUUUACAAGUGAUAGUGAAAAUGUACAGCAGUCCAAAGAUUGUGGAGAAUUAAUCUUAGGGAAAUUUGGUUGUCUUUUUAUUCUUUCUAGCACAUGCUUGUUACUCGAGGUUGUACUUUGGUGCUGUUUUAAGUUAUUGUGUACAUACCUAAAAAAAGGAAAGGACAAAUUUUGAACCAUAACAUUGACACAGUUUCUCAAAACUUGAAUAAAAGAGUUUAUGAAUGGGAGAAAUUUCAUAUUUUUC